CAGGCUAAACCACAGGUCCAUUUCCUCACUGUCCCGCUGUUCUCAGAUCAGUUUUUCUUGAACUUUACCAGAGAGCAUAAUAGAUUAUGGGUGUCUCUCAAUAUGCGUACCUGGUUGUACUUGUAUUCUCAUGUACCCAUUUCACUCCUCUUCCAUUGCCGAAGACCAGUUCCAAUACUCAGAAACAGAAGUACAGAGGACGGUAAAAAUCCUCGGAUGUCAUUCUCGCCCCAAAUGUCAAGGAUGUAUAGUUUGCAUCCUCACCAAACUAGAACAAUCCCAUGAUUCAUUGUGUCCCAAGUUCGUUCUUGGGAGGCAAGACAGCAGGCCGCUCUUGCCAAGACCACAAGUGCGAUCUUUGCGUUCUUGGUAUUGAGAAACACCUUAUAUUUGACACAGUGGUUGUUUUCUAAGUUUCUAUAUUUCCCACCUGUUCUGUAUUUUCAGUGGCCCCGAUCAGGUUGACUUCUUCCUCCCCAUGGCAGCUGGGUUGUGUAGCAACCACAACAACCUGUACUUUCAGUUUGACAUGAAUGCCAGUAGCAGCAACUGGGUCGUGGUUUACGGCUCCAGCAGGCUGUCAGUGCUGAAAGAGCAGGAUGCCCAAACAGAGUGGAUGGUCAGCACCGCAGCCAUACAGAGCCGUCCAACGCCAGGCUACUUCAAUGGAGAUCGAAUACCAGACCUUCUGAUCCAGCAGUCUGCUGGUCCAGGAGUCAGAAAGGUGCAGGUCAUCGAUGGCGCGAGUGGGCAGAACCUUUGGGAGGCAGAGUUUGCGUGUCCGCGUUUACACCUGGAGGGAUCCUCGCUCUUGACCGGCUCUGGCCAGUCGGCUUUCCUGUUCUGGGCCGGUGACAUCCAGCAGCCUCAGAACCUCUCCAGAGCAACGGUGAGUAGGCAGAUAAGCAUCACAGUCCUAUAACACUUAUUCAGAAGGUAUCAGAAUGAACAUUUAGUGGGUAUAAUGGUCAACUCCCAUCUCCAUGGUUGAUGCACAUUGCAUGUUGCCCCCCCCAAGAACAUGCACUGGAUAAAUGGUCAGAUGCAUCACCAGUAUGUAUGCCUAUUUAAGGAAGGACCAUUAGUAUGUAAGUCAGGAUAUGAAUAGAUCUCAUAUGUGCAGUAGCUAUCCCCAUGGUAUUUAAGUCUAUAGCUCAUUCUAUUUUGAGUCUGUGUAUGAUGUGACUCCAUCCAUGUAGCACCUGCUUGUCUAAUUCAAGGUCAUGGUGGGUCAAUAACAGGUAGGGAAUAACUGGGUGCCAACCC